AUGGCUGAAAUUAUAUUUAUAUUUGAUUUAGCCGUUCCCGAUAAACUUGUCAUAGCACCAGAAACUCAAACUGAAUGGUCUAUGUGUGAAGAUGGCUUACAGCAUCGAAGAAGAGACUGCAGUGACCGUAAGCACUGCGGUUUAGAAAGUAGAAAUUGUGGAGAAGCAGCAGUCACUGAAAAGCGCAGGAAAAAUAAAGAAAAAGUUAAAGAAGGUGAGAAGGAAAGAGGAAAAUUUUUUAAAGAGAUAAUUCGAAAAGAGAAAUUGAUUUUCAAGAGAUCUCGAAUAUAG